CAUGAGAUGAAUCAUCAAACCUCCGGAGAAAACCGGACCAUCAGACCUCGUUAAUCAUGUCUUUCCAAUUCCCAUGAAAUGCUUCCAGGACGCAUUUAUGAAACUUUUCUUUUGCAGGUUAGCAGUCUCUGUCCACCUGAACUCAGCAUACCAAUUGCCCACAAAAUUACAAACACCACUUUUCUGCGAGAUAGGAAGCCAAACAAUCUUUUAGAAGGCUCCUUCCUCGUAUGGACGCAGGGUGGCAGAAGCUUGGACCUAGAAGUCGGGCCCAAAUUUGAACCGGACCAUACAAAACUGAAGUCCUGAAUGUUUCGUUCCACUUCAAUAUUUCUUGAAAGAGCCCGUGAGCCGUUAGAGAGGUUCCCCUGCCAGUUCCACGCUCGCUCGAGAUUCAAGAAUCAGGAUGGAGAUGAGAGCCAGUGAAGAGGACAUAGAAAUUGGCGAAGACAUGACCCCAUCGGAGAUCCCUCUCUCUUACGCACUUCACGAUUCUUUCCUUCACUCUCACUGCUCCUCUUGCUUCUCUCGUCUCCCUACUGAAAAUUUUACCCAGCAUCACCAUGCCCCCACGCUACUCUACUGUUCCUCUAUCUGCUCCUCUUCCCACUUCUCCCCCGCCGAGCUCCACCUCCUGCACUGUCCCCCCUCCUCCGACCUCCGCGCUGCCCUUCGCCUCCUCCCCCACUUUCUUCCCUCCUCCUCCACCAACAGAAUUUGUGGCUUAUUGACGAACCGAGAGAAAUUGAUGGCCGACGAAGAGAUUUCAGCUCACGUAAGAUAUGGAGCGAAGGCCAUAGCAGCUGCGAGAAGGAUUGAGAUGGUUGAAAACGAAAAAAAUGACGCUGUUUUGUUGGAGGCUGCGUUGUGCUUGGUGCUAACGAACGCCGUUGAGGUACACGAUAACGAAGGGCGCUCCAUCGGGAUUGCUGUUUAUGGCCCCAAUUUCUCGUGGAUUAAUCACAGUUGUUCUCCCAAUGCUUGUUAUCGAUUUAUUAUUUCUCCUCCUGAUAAUGUGUUGCCGUUCAGCGAUGAGUCGAGGUUACGAAUUCUUCCAGCUGGCACCAAAAGUGAUAAUGGUGUGCACAACAUUGAAUUCCCAAAAGGAUGUAGUGGAAGUGGACCAAGAGUGAUUGUGAGGAGUAUUAAGAGGAUUAAGAGAGGUGAGGAGGUGACUGUGGCUUACACAGACUUGUUGCAGCCUAAGGAAAUAAGGCGGUCAGAAUUGUGGGCCAAGUAUCGUUUUAUUUGUUGCUGUACACGAUGCAUUGCAUCACCCCCUUCUUAUGUAGAUCAUGUUCUGCAGGAAAUUUCCACAUCAAAUCUGGCCUCUUCGAGCAUAAGUUCUGAACUCAGCUUUUAUAGGGAUGAAGCAACUAGAAAGCUGACAGAUUAUGUAGAUGAAGUUACAGCCGAGUAUCUUGCUGUUGGUGAUCCUGAAUCUUGCUGCAAGAAGCUUGAGAACAUGCUGAUCAAUGGCCUCCUUGAUGAGCAGUUAGAGGUCAGAGAAGGAAAAUCACAGUUGAACUUCAGGUUGCAUCCCCUGCACCAUCUUGCUCUGAACACAUAUACCAUUCUGGCUUCUGCUUAUAAAAUACGAGCAAGUGACUUAUUUUCUCUGCAUUCUGAGGUGGGUGGACUUUCAUGGGAAGCUUUGAGCAUGUCCAGAAACAGUGCAGCAUACUCAUUGUUGCUUGCAACUGCAACUCGCCAUCUGUUUUGUUUUGAAUCUUCAUUGCUUGUAUCUGUUGCAAAUUUCUGGACAAGUGCAGGGGAGUCCUUAUUAUCUCUUGCUAAAAGCUCAGCAUGGGAUUCUCUUGGAAAAUGUGGGUUUCCUGUCUUGAAUCUUUCUCCUCUAGCUAAGCACAAAUGCUCCAAGUGCUCAUUGCUUGAAAGCUUUGAAGUAAAUUUAUCAUUUGGUCAAGAUCAAAUCCGAAAGGCAGGUUUUGACAGCGUAUCGAGCAGGUUUCUUGAUUGCAUUGGUAGUUUGUUGCGAGAAGUUUGGGGUUUUCUGAUUCAAGGCAACCGCUACUUGAAAAUGUUUAAAGAUCCCACGGAUUUCAGUUGGCUUGGGAAAUCCGUAGACAUAUGGGAUUUUGAUACCCAUAAUGAUGUGGAUUUCAAUUGUUGGACCAACCAAAGUGUUUCUGGAAUUGAGGCUCUGGGGAACUCCGAGCAAUGGAGAACAAAUAGUUUUCAGCUUGGUGUUCAUUGCUUACUCUAUGGAGGAUUUUUAGCUGGCAUAUGUUAUGGUCCUCAUUCUCAUUGGAGUAGUCACAUUCGGAGUGCUCUAAGUUAUGAGGGGAAAUAAAAAUUAAAAAAAAAAAAAACUGCAGACGUGGAUUGCACAUGCAGCAGGCCAUCUAACUUGUAACUUGCUAGUCAACUCUACACUCGCCAUUCCUAUGGUAGAUUGAAAUCUUUUAAGAAUUAAGUAUU